AUGACCUUGACAACACUAGCACGGUCGGGACAUAUUUACUCAUUAUGGUGGAUAAUUAUAGGCCUUAUAAUUAUAUUCAUUCUUCGUUACAAUAUUUUAACAGUAUUCUAUAUUUUUCGUACAUAUCUAAGUUGGUAUCAAUUUUCAGCUGGAGUAAUAAAUUCCAAAGAUGAUUUUGACACAACCAUGUCUAGUUAUCCAAUAAAUCAAACAUCAGCUAUGCCAAAUUAUCAAAGUGUCGUACCAGCUAUAUUACAUCACAUUGUAGUUGGCAAUAUUGAUUUGAAUAAACAUCCGACAUGGACAGUUGCAAGAGCAGCUUGUUUAAAGUUGCAUCCAAAUUAUGAGCAUAAAUUUUGGAAUGAUUCAUUAGCUGAAAAAUUUAUUCUAGAAGAAUAUCCAUGGUUUUUUGAAGCAUGGAAAAAUUACAAGUAUCCGAUACAACGUGCUGAUAGUUUACGUUAUCUUAUUCUUUAUCGUUAUGGAGGAAUUUUUCUUGACAUGGAUCUUCAUUGUCGUCGAUCGUUAGGACCUCUUCGACGUUUCGAAUUUGUUUCGCCCGUUGCUUACCCAGUCGGACUAUCGAAUGGCUUUCUGAUGGUUUCUGCGCGUCAUCCAUUUAUGAAACUUCUCGUUGAUCAAUUACCUUUAUUUAAUCAUAAUUUUGUUUUACCAUAUGCUACAGUUAUGUUCUCAACUGGAUGCAUGUAUAUAUCGGCACAAUAUUUACUUUAUGAAGACCGAAAUCGUCUCAAACUCUUGGACUACAAACAACAUCGUUUAAGUGGCCGUAUAUCAACGCCAUUAUUUCAUCAUCAUGGCAGUAGUAGUUGGCAUUCUAAUGAUGCGUCAUUUAUUAAAAACUCAGAAAAUAUUAUAAAAAAAUUAAUUCAUCAUAAAUAUCUAGUUGUAUUCACUUUAUUGAUAUGUGUGAUUUUGACGUUUAUUCUAUGGAAUCGAAGAAGAAGAAAACGAAGACAGAACGAGGAAACUUUGCUAUGCCUGAACGUUGUUGUACAUUGUGUAAAGAAAACUUAA